UGACUGAGGUGCGUAACGUCUCGGCGUAAAGCGCUUUCUACGUAAUUCUACGGUCAGCUUGACUUCAUUGGUUGCACGAAUUGAAAAUAGGAGGAUCCCUGAGCACCAACAGCCCUCAGCAAGAGAAUAAAAGCCGAGCUGAAUAAACGUUACAACAGUGAAGUAAACUGAGAGCUUGUAAGUGGCUUAUACUGAGGAACGUUGUUUCUGUUUAUUCUUACUGCUUAUUGGAAAAAAUAUACCCGCACUUCAGUCUUAUGCUGGAUUUAUUAUACGGGGAAAUUUUCGUGUAGAUCAGUUUAUUUCUUUCUUUUUUUUCUUUUUUGGACGGAUACAAAGCUACUGAUGCGUUCUCUGAACAUGUCAAACAACUUCUUACUCGCACCCAUCCCCGAGUCUGCGGAUUAUAUUAUUAACCGAGAUGUUAAAAUCGCGGUACUGGGAUCAUCUGGAGUGGGAAAAACAGCUAUGAUCGUGCGCUUCUUGACCAGGAGAUUCAUCGGCGACUACGAAUCCAAUACAGGGAAUCUGUAUUCGAGACUUGUACACCUGGAAGGAGAGCAGCUCUUCGUACAAAUACAAGACACGCCUUGUGUUCAGGUUGACAGUGAUGGUUCAUUGGUUUCAGAACAUACCUGUAAGUACAUUGAAUGGGCAGAUGGCUUCCUCCUCGUAUAUUCAAUGACAGACUACAAUAGUUACAGGGCCAUCCAAGUCCUUCACCAGCACAUCCGCAAAGUUCACCCAGACUCCAAAGUCCCAGUGGUCAUUGUUGGGAACAAAGGUGACCUCCUUCACGCCAGACAGGUGCAAACCAGUGAAGGGAUUCAACUGGCUAAUGAGCUGGGAGCGGUUUUCUCUGAAAUUUCUACCAGCGAGAACUGUGAGGAUGUAUACGAUGUCUUUCAGCACCUGUGCAAAGAAGUCAGUAAGCUGCAGUCACAGUAUCUGGCAGGAGAAAAGCGAAGAGGGUCCCUCAUUCCACGGCCAAAAUCCCCCAACAUGCAAGACCUAAAAAGACGGUUUAAGCAGGCAUUAUCUUCUAAAGUGAAAUCCACCGGCACUUUGUGAUGUGCAGUGGCACAAGAGACGUUUGUAGCAGACUGAGGUGAUGCGAUGAUAAAGAGGAAUAUUUUUAUUUCCAGAGAUUGACUUUUUAUUUUUGUACUGUAAUUUUAACUUUCCAACUAUAUUACUUGGUGGCACUAACAAAGUUUGUAUUCUCUCCAAAAAGUGCAAAUAUAAUAAAAUAUAUGAUGGGAAAAA